UCACUGGUCACUGGUGUCACUCUUCUCACGUCAGCGGCUGUUUAUUUCCCCCAAAUUUCUCUCAUUUCCGAAAUUUUCAUUUUCAAAAACAGGUUUAGCCUCCAAUAAUGUCCGACAACGACGACGACUACAUGUGUGAAGAGGAGGAGGACUACGGCUUGGAAUACUCGGAGGACAGUAAUUCGGAGCCGGAUGUGGACCUGGAGAACCAGUACUACAACAGCAAGGCGCUGAAGGAGGACGAGCCCAAGGAGGCGCUGAUCAGCUUCCAGAAGGUGCUGGACCUGGAGGGCGGCGAUAAGGGCGAGUGGGGCUUCAAGGCGCUCAAACAGAUGAUCAAGAUUAACUUUAAACUGGGCAAUUUCACGGAGAUGAUGUCUCGCUACAAGCAGCUGCUGACGUACAUCAAGAGUGCAGUGACUCGCAACCACUCGGAGAAGUCCAUCAACUCCAUCCUCGACUACAUCUCCACCUCUAGAAAUAUGGAAUUGCUGCAAGACUUCUACGAGACCACUUUGGAGGCUCUAAAGGACGCGAAGAACGACCGGCUGUGGUUCAAGACCAACACGAAGCUGGGCAAGUUGUACUACGACCGCGGCGACUUCAACAAGCUCGCCAAGAUCCUCAAGCAGCUGCACCAGAGCUGCCAGACUGACGACGGCGAGGACGACUUGAAGAAGGGCACGCAGCUACUGGAGAUAUACGCGCUGGAGAUCCAGAUGUACACGGCGCAGAAGAACAACAAGAAGCUCAAGGCGCUUUACGAGCAGUCGCUGCACAUCAAGUCCGCCAUCCCCCAUCCGCUCAUCAUGGGGGUCAUCAGAGAAUGCGGCGGUAAGAUGCACCUGCGCGAGGGAGAGUUCGAGAAGGCGCACACGGACUUCUUCGAGGCCUUCAAGAACUACGACGAGUCCGGCUCGCCGCGCCGCACCACCUGCCUCAAGUACCUCGUGCUCGCCAACAUGUUAAUGAAAUCCGGAAUCAACCCGUUCGACUCGCAAGAAGCCAAGCCCUACAAGAACGACCCCGAGAUCCUGGCCAUGACCAACCUCGUGAUGGCCUACCAGAACAACGACAUCAACGACUUCGAGGCCAUCCUCAAACACAACCGGAACAACAUCAUGGACGACCCCUUCAUUAGAGAACACAUCGAGGAUCUACUCCGGAACAUUAGGACACAAGUUCUGAUUAAGCUAAUAGGACCGUAUACGAGAAUUCAUAUUCCUUUCAUAUCGAAGGAGCUGAAUAUUGAUGAAAAGGAAGUCGAGAAUCUAUUAGUCACAUGUAUUUUGGACAACACGAUCAGCGGGCGCAUCGACCAGGUGAACGCGGUGCUGGAGCUGAGCGCGGGCCGGCGCGGGCUGGCGCGCUACGCGGCGCUCGACAAGUGGACGCAGCAGCUCGCCAACCUGCACCUCGCGCUCUCCAACAAGAUGGCCUAAUCUACAUCUACACACUCAUUCCGAACUACUCCAAAUUUUAACCGUACAAACUUUUAUACUUAUCGAGUUUCGAUUCAAACAUCUGUUUCUGUCGCUUGACGACUGAAAAAGUGGACGCGACAGCUCGCGACUCGCAUCCGAAGGUGCCGACGGACGAACGCACGGUUAAUUUUUUUCACGUACGUAAAUGAAAGCGAAAAAAAAAAAACUCUUUCUCGCUCUCACUUACGUGAAAAAAAAGGCAAAGUCGCGAUGCGGCCGUUUACUAACUCCUAGUCCUACUUAACUUACCUACAAAUUUUAAGCAAAUUGUGAUUGCUAAAAAAAUCAAAUUUGGACUGGCGUGUAUCUGAAUCGUCUUUCAGAAUGCCGAAUCCCUCAUGUGCGCGAUUUUGAUUAAAAUAAUAAAUACCUUGUGUAUUUAGUUCCUAGGUAACCAUUUAUCAAUCAAAAAUCUAGCACUUCUCAUGAAAAGACAAUCUCAGUAAAUUAAAUACUUUCUAUAUACCAGUGACAAGUAAUACAUAUAAUCGACCCUAACCGAACACUCGCACCCACACUACUUGCCUUUUAACCCUUCAUAUGUUGCCUGUCAAUUUUUAUUAUUGAAAAAGUGACCUUGACAUUUAAAUAAUAUAUUAAAAUUCCCACGCACUGAUCAGUGCUUAGACAUACGAAAGGUAAAUUACAUUAUAAUAUUUCAAUUAAAUUACAGAAUUUCUACAAACCACAGGAUAUAGUUGU